AUGGGCCACUCAAAGACUACCUGCGGGGCUACCUACUGGGGGAGUAAUGACUUCCAGCUACAGACGAAAUGUAGUCAACAACUGCUGCAUCUGGUCCAACAACAACUACAACACCUAGACUACCUGCGGGGCUACCUACUGGGGGAGGCUACCUACUGGGGGAGUAAUGACUUCCAGCUACAGACGAGACGUAGUCAACAACAACUACUGCAUCUGGUCCAACAACAACUACAACACCUAGACUACCAGCAGGGCUACCUACUGGGGGAGGCUACCUACUGGGGGAGUAAUGACUUCCAGCUACAGACGAAACGUAGUCAACAACUACUGCAGCUGGUCCAACAACAACUACAACACCUAGACUACCAGCAGGGCUACCUACUGGGGGAGGCUACCUACUGGGGGAGUAAUGACUUCCAGCUACAGACGAAACGUAGUCAACAACUACUGCAGCUGGUCCAACAACAACUACAACACCUAGACUACCUCCAGGGCUACCUACUGGGGGAGGCUACCUACUGGGGGAGUAAUGACUUCCAGCUACAGACGAAACAUAAUCAACAACAACUACUGCAGCUGGUCCAACAACAACUACAGCACCUAGACUACCUGCGGGGCUACCUACUGGGACAGGCUACCUACUGGGGGAGUAAUGACUUCCAGCUACAGACGAUACGUAGUCAACAACUACUGCAGCUGGUCCAACAACAACUACAGCUAGACUACCUGCAGGGCUACCUACUGGGGAGUAAUGACUUCCAGCUACAGACGAGACGUAGUCAACAACUACUGCAGCUGGUCCAACAACAACUACAGCUGGGGAGUAAUGACAUCCAGCUACAGACGAAACAUAGUCAACAACAACUACUGCAGCUGGUCCAACAACAACCAAUGCAGGUGGUACAACAACCAAUGCAGGUGGUCUAA